AUGUUUUACUUACCAUCUCAUCUCUUACCUUACACUCGUUAUGACUUCCACGGUGUCACGGCGCUCUUCUUCCUUUCCUCCUUUUUCUUUCCAGCGGCUCGGUGUUUAUUUGAUGUCCAGCAUGUCUUUCCAUUUACUGCUUCUACUCUUAUCUAUCCUAUAUCUACUACUUACAACAAAGCCUGCUCCAUGCCUGGCCGCAGAGCAGAGAAAACCAGACUCCCCAGCAACGAAACAAAAAAAAAGAAAGAAAGAACCUACUCCGCUUCUCUCUACCUCUUCUUCUUCCUCUUCUUCUCUUCUUCUUUCAGCGUGUCUAUCUUGUUUCAUUUCGACUGCGCCGCUUCGUUGAGAAAAAAAAAAGUGUCCCCCUUUCUUUGUCCGGCCCAGUAUCGAUGUAUCUCAUUAGCUUAG